GUGCAUGUACUUGCCAGCUAACGAACAAGGACUCAGUCUUAGACAAGAUGAACAGAAACAUAAGAGAGCCGGGGAGAUUGUACGCUACCGUGCAGAGCUGCCGGUUGACGGUAUGGUAUGACGGUUAGGGGAAGGGCUAAGCCAGACAUUUUCCGAGGAGAAGGUGUAGAUUUCGUCCGUUCAUUUUGUUUCGUCAUGUUUCAUGAUGGCAGUGCGCCCAGUAAUUUACUGAACUGCGUGACAAAGAUGGCCUAAUAUUGAAGUGUAUGCAAAAAAACGAGAUGGCGAAUUUUCAACACAUUGAAAGUUAAACUACUACAUGAAGAGUGAAGUACAGCCAAAUGAAAAACAACUAAAGAGAAGUUGUAAAACAACAAACUGAGCGCACAGUUUCUAUUCUAUCAGAUGUAAAAUGGACGGGCGGCUGUUCUGUCGUGCGCUCGUGGGCUCCGCGUGUUUGUUGUAAUAUCGAAGUUUAUUGUUUUAUGUUUUGACGUGUUUACGAAUAUUGUUUACGCGAUUGUACGACUACUUCGGUGUACGGUUGCCGAAGGAGAUUGUGUAUAGUGCAUGUGUUUUAAUUUCAUAUGACGUUAGCGCUCACUUCACUUGCAGUGAUUUCGCUGAUAGCUCACUCACCGGUGGGUGUGCGCGUGAUAAACUACGUGUUCGAUUUCGAAAAAGGGCGAGAAAUCGUCAAGUGUUUGUGUUCAACCGUACCAUGAUGGUGUGCACGGUGACAUAGUGAACGUUGAAUGACCCUGACCUCUGACAAUCAUGUCUGGGCGAUCGGAUUGCAGGAAAUUUGCACCUAACAUCUUCAAUAAGAGCAAGUGUACUAAUUGCUUUCGUCAAAAGGACGAGCAUAGUGCCGAGGCUUUAGAAUCUAAUCGGGCAAGCAGGAAGAUAUCGAAAUGCGGCUACCUUUUCGUCGCGCCUGGCUGGGACUUCUCCAAUCCCCUCUACAGAACAAAGAGAUGGCAGCGGAGAUGGUUCGUUUUGUACGACGAUGGCGAGCUAACGUACUCGUUGGAUGAACACCCAGACACGGUCCCGCAAGCCAGCAUCGACAUGACAUCAGUCCUGGAGGUCCGCGAGGCUGACAGUGUUACGGGGCACCCUCACAGCCUCGGCAUCACCACGCCGGAACGGAUCACUUUCGUCAAAGGAACCUGCAGGGAGGAGACGCGCUGGUGGGCUGAUGUAUUGAGCGUCUACCCUAGGAGUAAGGGUCGACAUAAACGUAACGCUACAUUUCCUGGUGGUCAAACUGCGAGCCUUCUUCAAUCAUCGACAACAAGAAUUCUUCCGCCUACAGAAUAUUCAGCUGAUGCAUCUACGCUUCGGGAUGUGGCUGAAAACUGUGCACCUAGCAGACAGAGGUACUGCUCUGGGGGUACGACGACGUGGCCGGGGCCGAGGGUGCAGCCGCCGCAGCCUGAGAUCCCAAGCCUGGCCGCCGCCACUCAGCCCAUUGACACCAAAGUAUAUACAGAUCAGCCAGUAUCGUCGGCGUCACCUCCCACCAGAGAUAAAAUUAACGGAGAAGAAAAGGCAAGAUCACGGCGUCGGGACACAUGGACAGAAACAACCCCAGCGCCCGUUGCUGAUGAAGCUGGCGUCCGGUCACCGCUGCUUCAACAACACCAUCAGCGCUACGACGAGCAGCUCCGAGACAUUGCGGCGUCGCUCACGAGACCUCGCUCUAGAAGAGCCUUACCGCCGACCCUUGAAAGACCGACCAGGCUGCCACCUGACCGAUUGAAGUCUCGGAACUCACCUGAUGGUGGUGCUCCGCCAGAAGAAGGCAGCUCCAGCUCGGCCAGCGAAGGUAGCGAGCCGACAGAUGCGGUUGAGACCACUGAACCCGGCGAGGGUGGUAGAGUGGAACUACCGGCUGAAAGGUUACUGCAUGCAAGGGCCGGUUGGUUAUACAGAAAAGGUUCAUCAGGUUGGUCACGGCAUUGGUUCGUGCUCAGAGGAGCUGCGCUACUGUACUUUAGAGAUCCACACGCAGAACAGCGAGGACUUAUGGAUGGGGUCAUAGACUUGAGUGGGAUUUCCAGAGUAGUUGAGUUACCGGCCGCAGCGUCAAACACUGGAUAUGGAUAUGCUUUUGAGACAGAGACUUGGGAUGGAAAGCAAAUAGUGUUGUCAGCUGUAACCGCAGGGAUAAGAGCAAAUUGGGUUUCUGCUAUGAAACGAACGGCCGGGCUGCCUGAUACCGGCCCGCUAUCUUUGAUACUAAGGGAAGACUCUAUUGACCAAGCAUCAGAAUCGUCUGCGUCACCAGUGACACCUGUCACACCCGGCACUGGGAAAUCUGCACCAUUCUCGUCUGAUGAAGAGUAUCGAACGGCUUCAGAAGGUGGUCGCAGGGAUAGCGCCGAUUGGGGUGAAGUCGGUGCGCAACCUCCACCGUCUCCAAUAUUAACCCGUACACCUAUUUCCAAAGUUAAAGAAAAAGUCCGUGCACGUGGUAAUCAUCAAACCCCGACUAAAACAGACGCCUCUAAAGACGAAAUCGACGCAACCAAAGAAAAAGAACGCCCGUCCAACGAAGUGGACGAAAACGAAAAGCCGAUAGAACCUAGAAAACGCAGCUACAUAUCGACCAUAGACAAACAAUCGACCGAAAUCGAAGGCUUGCGGAAGCAGCUCAAAAUGGCUGUGAAUGACUUGAACGCCGCCGAAGCGGAACUUGCAAGACUUCAAAAACUAAAGUCUGAAGCCGCUUUACGAGAAACCAAAAUGGAGGAAUUAGUUACAGCCCUACAAAAUAAAGAAGAAGAACUAAUAUUAAGAACUAAGGAAGCCGAGAACUUAGACGCCAUACGACAACUUUACAACCAGGAUAAAACACUGUGGGAGAACAAACUGACUGAGACACAAAACUUCUUGAAGGAAUCCACCGAACACUGUGAGCUGCUGACACAGCAACUUAGCGCAGCGCAGGAAAACAUCAAGCAACUGCAGCGAGAGUUGAAUGAACUAAACGACAAAUUAGUAAAGAGUGUGAAAGAAAACGAUAAUUUAUACACGAGAAUAAGAGAACUAGAAGGUCGCGUGGCCGCCGAGUCACCCUCUAGAGAAAAGAGAAAAAGUAUAGGAUCACUCAGUGAUCUGACUAAUAUCAAACAAGAUUUAAACUUAGAAGCUUUAGAGAAAAAUAGACUUAUCGAAGAGUACGUAGAGUUACGAACGAGGUUCUUAAAAGCUAUACAAGAAAUAAAAGCGAUGAAACAAGAACUCAGAGAAUCACACAAUAUGUACGAUGAACUAGAAGUAACUAACAUGAAAUUAAGAAAUGAAAUGAAACUUAGGGAGCAAUGCAGCCAAUCGGAAAUAGACCUGAUGGCGGCUCGUAUCUUGGAUUUGACACAAAAAUUAACAGCUUCCGACAAACAGGUUCGUACAUUAAAACACAAAAUACAAAAAUCCGAGUCCAGAGACAAAAGACGCAGUCUGUCGUUGAAAGGAAGAGAAUCGUUUACUUUAGGCAAAGAAGUUGAAGAAAAACUGACAGAAUUAGAAAACAAAAUAACGCUAUUGGCUUCAGAACACGUUCCCACGAUUAAUUCACCAUCCAAGAGCUCGUCGCCUGCCAAAGAAAAAACCACGAAACCCGACAGUACCACGGACGAAAAACGUAUGAAAAGGCUCGCCGCUAGAUUACGGAGGAAGUCGCUGGAUAGCGCCACAAGUUCGGAACCUAUGAAAAUGUUAGUCAGAUUAAGUUCGUUAGAAACCAAAGUGGCCUCGGCCUUGGAAAAUCGCCGAGACCUUAUGAACUCCUGUGAGUCGUUGAAUCAAGCCAUAAGAUCAACGGAAAGCCCUAUUUUCAACGACAGUACACAGAGCACAUCUGUCGGCACGCAAUCACAGAGGCAUCUUCUGGACAGAUUACAGAGCCUCGAAAACGUCGUGAUACAUUCGAGAAAUAAAGUAAAUGAAUGUUUGUGUCAGAUGAGCGCAAUGAGAGCCGCAAAGUCAAGGAGGUCACCUUCGCCGAGCCUGGAAAAAAAGUACAGCAUCAAAUCUAUGGAAAAAUGUUUGACAGAAGUCAGUAAGACAUUACAAGACUGCUUCGACAAGUGUGUAGUUGAUUGUGAUCAAGAGCAGCAAGCGAAUGACAGCGUCGCCCAAGUGGUCGUACAGCUCGAAGAACAGCUUAGAACAAAACUAUUAGAAAUAUCUAAAAGGAAAGCAGAGCUGUACGAAGCUGGCGAACUCACGCAAAGAAAGAGUCUCGAACUGCUUGCCGAGAAGCUGGCCUACGAGUCUGUUCUCGUCAGCCGGAUUCAGGAGGCGUUGGAGUCCUCAAACGGAAGUAGGUUCUUUGCAAGGUUAAUUAAAUCAGAGAUUGUCGAAACCAGACAGUUAAUAGACAGCCUUAGAAGGCGUCUCAACGGCGAUGGACACACAGACAGCGCCGGCGUCAGAAGCUCUCUCGAUUAUCUUGCAAAAAUUCUUUCGAGAAAAAUCGAUAUCGUUAAUGAAGCUCGCGAAGCUGAAGAUCUCCGACGCUCGGAGCUGAUCAUUCACGCAGCCGAUCUUGAGGCUCUGAAAGCAUCGCAACGGGAGGUCGCCGAGGCCGUGGAUCGAUACAAGACUGAUAAGUUAGGUGAACUCUGCAGCGCCUUGGCUUGCGAGACCCUCAGCUACGCGUCGCCCGAUGGAGACUCUGAUCGUGAUAGAGCUAACGUCGAAGCUGCGAGAGUUCGGGAGGCGUGGGCCACAGCACGAGACACAUUAGGCGCCGAGCUAGUACAGGCUGAAGUCGCCCGAGCUUUGGCCCGCGCCGCACAGCUUUGCGAGGAGCGCCUCGACGAGUCGCGCAAGGGACGCCUCACUCUCACCGCACAGGACCGCGCCGACCUCGAGCUGUGGUGGCAGGCGGCACACGACCAUCUGCGCUGCGAAAUGGAUGCGGCCGUGAGGGAUAUUGCGGUGCGGUACCGGGAGUGUCUCGCCAACGGUCGACGGGAAGGCUCGGCCGGGCUUGACAGCCGAGCGCUGCUGCAGCAGCUUGCCGAGGUCCUAGCGCAGAGAGCUCUGGUGGACGCGAGAGUGGCCGUGCUGGAGGGCACGUACCGCGCGGCCCCGCCGGACCGGGACUCCGCCCCCCGUGCAGACGACGCCCUGCGCUCGCUGGAGACCGACCCCGCUCAGGAAGCGGAGUUCGUUUAUCUCUUUCAGCGCUUCUCAACCGAGUGUCGCGCGCUCUUCUCCAGUGACUGUUCCGGUAACAGUGAAGACUCGAUGAAGAUCAGCGAGAGCCUCGAGCGGGUGGAGGCUGCCGUGGAGGCAGUGCGGCGCCAGCUGUCGGCCGUCCGCGGUGACGUCAGCACCGAGCUCCCGGAGGGCAGCGGCGAGCGCGGGGAGGGCGCGCUUGGUCGCAUAGAGGUGCUCCGGCGGCGCGUCGAAGCUCUGCAAGCGCUGGUGCCGUGCCAGCACUGCAAGCAGCUGCAGGACGCACUGGACAGGCUGCACGAGGAGCGUGCGCGCGGGGAGUCGGCGCUGGCGCAGCAGGCGGGCGCGCUGGCGGCGGCGCGGCGCGCCCGCACCCAGCUGCAGACGCAGCACGAGCGGGAGCGCACGCAGCUGCGGGAGCGGGCGCGCACGCUGCAGCGCCGCCUCGCCGCCCUGGACUCCGAGUACUCCGCACAGCUCGAGAGCCUCCGAGCGGCGUACCAGAGCGCGGUGUCGGCGGACACGCACGGCGACAACCUGAGGGUCCGCUACCAGCAGGAGAUCGAGCAGCUCCGCGCGCUGUGCGAGAAGGGACUCCUCGCCAUGGAGAGCUCACACCGGCGCAUCGUCAGGGAGAUGGAGGAGAAACACCGCGCCGAGAGAGAACAACUCAGGCUGGACAAGGAGCAGGCUUUAGCAGAGGAGACGCGAGCGACCCUGGCGGCGCUGGACGCCAUGCGGAAGGCUCAUGAGAGCGAAGUGCGAAGAGAGGUGGAUAAGUUCAAAGCGGAGUUCCUGAGCAGAGGAGCUCAGAGUGGAGAUCUGUCGCAGCUCAGCUCUAGACAUCAGCAAGAGAUGGAGGAGAUCAAACGCGAGAUCCUAUCCCUCUCGGAGAAGUACUCGGUGAAGUGCGUGGAGUCCGCAGCGCUGGAGGACCGCCUCGCCGCCGCCACCGCGCAGCUCGCACAGGCCCACGGACACAUCCUGCAGCUCGACGCCAGAAACAAACAACUUCGCGCGCACAUCAUCUCGGAAGCAAACGAAAUGAAGAACUCUGAGAGUGUUCCCUCGCCGAUGUACGAAGAGAACGGCACGCAUGCGCGGGCGGCGCCGCUGUGGACGCAGCUGCGCUCGCUGGCGGCGGGCUGGCGGCGCGCGCACGCACACGCAGGUAACACGCGCCCCCCUUACCCGACCAGAGCCCCCGAUCGAACAAAGAAAAUCAUAGGGGAAACCGUCAAAGUCGAAUCACUUAGUAGAGGCGAGAGCGGCGCGCCCGGCCAAGAUACAGUUCGCCAAGACGGAGACGACCAGAAACCUACAACUGUCUCCCGUACAGAAUUAAAAACUAGUCGGCGAUGCUCUGUGAGUGGGCGCCCAGCCGUGGGACCCCUCGCCGGGAUGGUCGCCGAGCGAAAAAAGCGCUUUGAACUGCUCUAAGCGACUCCGAAGUGCUGUCGAUAGUGUCACAAUUACGUCUUGUAUAUCGACCAUAAACUUACUAAGACCAUAAAGAUUAAGUUUCUAAAUUUAAAUUAAUCGGCAAAGAAAUUAAACGAACUCAGCCUCGUCUAUGGUCAUAGUAAGCGCUGGGUACCCAUUGUUUGAUAUAAAAAAAAAACAAUGUAGAAUUUAAAGAUAUAAAACGUUUUUUUAUGAUUGUAAAAAACCAUACAGACAGUACGGUGUGUAUCCAACAAUUAUUUUAAGUCUUACCCACCACGCUCACGCCUGGCCACUGCCUCAUUAUUUGUGUGUGUGUUCGGAUCAUUUUAAGUAGCUAACCUUUGAGAACGGCCUUUAUUACAGAUAAAGAUUAAGUUUAAUUUAAGUCAUGUUUAAAAUAAAAAUCAUUCGCAAGUGAGUAUGCGAACUUAUAACUGAAUAUAAACUAACUUACACAUUAUAUCUAAAACCAAAACACAAGUGGCCAGAUUCCCACCCACCACACGAAAUGUAUAUAACUUUAUUCAUUGUUUUUAUAAUUAAUUAACACUGUAUAUUUCUAUUUAAAAACUCUUCGAGUGAAUGAUGCUAAGCUCGUUAAUUAACGGUUAGUGAAGUGUUUAUUGUAUAGUUUAUUUUGAACACGCUGUACAUACUAACGUUCACGAUUAUUGUAAUGCAAUUUCAGAACACCCCUAUACUUUAUCUCUUAAGGAAAUUGUUACCAAAUAUUUUUUUCAUAUUUAUAUAACCCUUUUAUAAAGUUUUGAGGCGUAAUUGUUACUUUUAGUUUUAUUUUGACAGUCAUUUUUGUUUUGUUCUUAUUUGCAAAGUUUUUUUUUCCUUUCUUUUUGUAAUGCCUUUUUAUUUUUACAUUUGCGUCUCAAACGAUUAGUGUUAACGUAUUAUAUAAUCGACGUAGUUUUUAGGUCGCAAGGAGAUUAUAAUCGACUAUAUAUUAUAACCUAUUUAAAAGGUUUUUUUGUAACGUGUCGUAUACGUAGACGAAUGACCCGAUUAUUUAUUAUAAUUUUUCAAUGUGAAAUUUUAAUGAUAUUCGUCACAAAACAAUCCGGAGGAGGUUAUUCGUUCGAGUAUCACGCGCGUGCGUAGAGAGGCCUACUAUUUAAUGGUUUUUUGUUGUUGUAUGUAACAUUAAUUUAUAAGAUUCAUUUUUUGACAUUUACGUUUGUUAUUUGUGUAUCGCGUCCUUAACAUAAUAUGUAUUUACGUAGAAUAGUGACAUCACAGAUUAAUAGAGAAAGAAACAACUUUACACAACUUUCCCUGUUCCGUAUAACUUUUAGUUUGUCGAUUUGAUGAUUUAAAUAAUAAUAUUAAAUAUUUCAUAACGAGCACAACUCCCAAACUUUUCUGUGAUGUCAUCAAAUAAAAGUAAUCUAUAAUUUUUAAAAAAAUGACUUGUUACCAUUUGUCCUCCGCAGCGGGCAUUCGGCGUCUGAAGAACGAUUAGAACGUGCCUCGUUUACAAAAGCAAGACGGCUUCAAAUUGUAUUGCUCAAUGUUAUCUAGUUGCAUAGAACGAAGUUAAUACCAAAACUGUAUAACGUCGCUUUUAGUUAUGGACAUCGUAAAAGAAAAACAUUUUUACUGAACAUCUACAUAGUGUUAAAGUUUCGCAAAGAUAAAAGAAAAAAACAUAUAUUUUAUAUUUCAUUUGCAAUGUUCUAACUCUAAAGCGACGAUAAGAGCAUUGUAAUUAAUCGCUUGACAGGUUUUUUUAGUUAAGUUCACGCGGCAAAGUAAUUUAUAUUACGACCCGACCGGUACCGUCUGCAGCGGAAACGUGCUCGUUAAUUAUAUUUCAGCUCGUUCAAACUGCAGACUGUACCCGGUCACGUUUGUAAAGUGUUGGUUUGUAUAACAAAGAUUUUUUUUAAAUAAAACUUCUUAAUACAAA